AUGAGCAUCGCCUUACUUGUUGCCCUCUUCUUGCUCAACUCAGAUCGCACUCAGAAAGCCAUUGAGAUAUGCAGCGAAUGUUUGAUUUUGCUAACUUGCACCGAUCAAAACAGCAAAGACCAAUUUGAUUCGGCACUGCUACAAUUUUACAGCGACAUCUAUACCAUUCUUUUCAGCGCUUAUCGUCAUAUCUCUGACUACAUAAGUGCGGAAAGAUACGGGAGGAAACUGUUUGACUUAUACAGAGAGUAUGGAAUUAUGCUUUAUAAACUUGGCGAAAGCCUAAAAGCAAAGGAAUAUGCUGAGAGGGCCCUUGCCAUAACAACCAAAAUUGGCGACAGAAGCGGAGAAGCAUUAUGUUAUGGAAACUUAGGUACUGUGUUUGAGUCGCUUGGCCAAUACGACAAGGCUGAAGAGUAUCACCAAAAAGCGCUUGUCAUCACAACUGAAAUUGGCCACAGAGAAGGGGAAGCAUCAUGUUAUGGAAACCUAGGUACUGUGUUUAAGUCGCUUGGCCAAUACGACAAGGCUGAAGAGUAUCUCCAAAAAGCGCUUGUCAUCACAACUGAAAUUGGCGACAGAGAAGGGGAAGCAUCAUGUUAUGGAAACCUUGGUACUGUGUUUAAGUCGAUUGGCCAAUACGACAAAGCUAAAGAGUAUCACCAAAAAGCGCUGGUCAUCACAACUGAAAUUGGCGACAGAAAAGGGGAAGCAUCAUGUUAUGGAAACCUAGGUACUGUGUUUCUGUCCGUUGGCCAAUACGACAAGGCUGAAGAGUAUCUCCAAAAAGCGCUUGUCAUCACAACUGAAAUUGGCGACAGAAAAGGGGAAGCAUCAUGUUAUGGAAACCUAGGUACUGUGUUUCUGUCCGUUGGCCAAUACGACAAGGCUGAAGUGUAUCUCCAAAAAGCGCUUGUCAUCAGAACUGAAAUUGGCGACAGAGAAGGGGAGGCAAGUGACUACGGAAACUUAGGCACUAUGUUUCUGUACGUUGGCCAAUACGACAAGGCUGAAGAGUAUCUCCAAAAAGCGCUUGUCAUCAGAACAGAAAUUGGCCACAGAAAAGGGGAGGCAUCAUGUUAUGGAAACCUAGGUACUGUGUUUAAGUCGAUUGGCCAAUACGACAAGGCUGAAAAGUAUCUCCAAAAAGCGCUUGUCAUCAGAACUGAAAUUGGCGACAGAGGAGGGAAAGCAUCAUGCUAUGGAAACCUAGGUACUGUUUUUCUGUCCGUUGGCCAAUACGAAAAGGCUGAAGAGUAUCUCCAAAAAGCGCUUGUCAUCACAACCGAAAUUGGCCACAGAGAAGGGGAGGCAUCAUGUUAUGGAAACCUAGGUACUGUGUUUGAGUUGCUUGGCCAAUACGACAAGGCUGAAGAGUAUCUCCAAAAAGCGCUUGUCAUCAGAACUGAAAUUGGCGACAGAGAAGGGGAGGCAAGUGACUACGGAAACCUAGGUGCUGUGUUUCUGUCCGUUGGCCAAUACGAAAAGGCUGAAGAGUAUCUCCAAAAAGCGCUUGUCAUCACAACCGAAAUUGGCCACAGAGAAGGGGAGGCAUCAUGUUAUGGAAACCUAGGUACUGUGUUUGAGUUGCUUGGCCAAUACGACAAGGCUGAAGAGUAUCUCCAAAAAGCACUUGUCAUCAGAACUGAAAUUGGCGACAGAGAAGGGGAAGCAUCAUGUUAUGGAAACCUUGGUACUGUGUUUGAGUCACUUGGCCAAUACGACAAGGCUGAAGAGUAUCUCCAAAAAGCGCUUGUCAUUACAACUGAAAUUGGCCACAGAGAAGGGGAGGCAUCAUGUUAUGGAAACCUAGGUACUGUGUUUGAGUUGCUUGGCCAAUACGUCAAGGCUGAAGAGUAUCUACAAAAAGCGCUUGUCAUCAGAACUGAAAUUGGCGACAGAAAAGGGAAAGCAUCAUGUUAUGGAAACCUAGGUACUGUGUUUAAGUCGCUUGGCCAAUACCACAAGGCUGAAGAGUAUCUCCAAAAAGCGCUUGUCAUCAGAACUGAAAUUGGCGACAGGAAAGGGGAAGCAUCAUGUUAUGGAAACCUAGGUACUGUGUUUCGGUCCGUUGGCCAAUACGACAAGGCUGAAGAGUAUCUCCAUAAAGCGCUUGUCAUCACAACUGAAAUUGGCGACAGAGAAGGGGAGGCAUCAUGUUAUGGAAACCUAGGUACUGUGUUUGAGUUGCUUGGCCAAUACGACAAGGCUGAAGAGUAUCUCCAAAAAGCGCUUGUCAUCAGAACUGAAAUUGGCCACAGAGAAGGGGAAGCAUCAUGUUAUGGAAACCUAGGUACUGUGUUUCGGUCCGUUGGCCAAUACGACAAGGCUGAAGAGUACCUCCAAAACGCGCUUGUCAUCAGAACUGAAAUUGGCGACAGAAAAGGGGAAGCAUCAUGUUAUGGAAACCUAGGUACUGUGUUUCGGUCCGUUGGCCAAUACGACAAGGCUGAAGAGUAUCUCCAAAAAGCGCUUGUCAUCACAACUGAAAUUGGCGACAGAGAAGGGGAGGCAUCAUGUUAUGGAAACCUAGGUACUGUGUUUGAGUUGCUUGGCCAAUACAACAAGGCUGAAGAGUAUCUCCAAAAAGCGCUUGUCAUCAGAACUGAAAUUGGCGACAGAGAAGGGGAAGCAUCAUGUUAUGGAAACCUUGGAAUUGUGUUUAGAAUUGUUGGUGAUUUUGAAGCUUCGGAAGUAUGCUUGGAGAAAGCUUUAUUCGUAUCCAGAGAUAUUGGAGAUGGAAGAAAAGAGUUCGAAAUCCUUGGAAGUUACGCUGUUUUGUAUUUAUACCAAUAUAAAAUCAAAGACUCCCUGUCGUGUCUUCAUCUGUGCAUUGAAAAGUAUGAGGAGCUGAGAUAUUUAUUGGGCGCCAAUGAUCAGUUCAAAACAUCAUUUCUGGAGCACACAGGAAUAUUUCCCUACAAACUGCUUUGUACUUUGCUUUGUGACACCGGAAAUGCUCGGGAUGCUCUUUAUGUUGAGGAGUUGGGUCGAGCUAGAGGCCUAUCAGACUUAAUGGCAGAGAAGUACUCGGUUGAAACGCACAUCUCUGCUAAUCCACAAUCUUGGUUUGGCAUUGAGAACAUUUUAAGAAAGAAAAAAAACUGUGCUUGUCUGUACAUUUCUUAUUUUCAGAAUUGUCUGCAUUUGUGGAUCUUGAAAACAAGUGGAGUCCUUCACUAUAGAAGAGUAUCACCAGAAGAGAAUCUAGUUCAGGCUGGGUUACCCAAAGAUUUGUCUUUGAGUCAAUUUUUGGAUGAUAAUUUCCGGAGCCUUGGUAUUUUGCCCACUAAAGAUUGUGAAGAUCGGUCUUUAAGUACGAUUAAAUUGCAACCUCUCUCCCCCGCGCAAAAGAGCUCAGCAAGAUUGCGACUCGUGGAGGAGGACGAGGACGAGGACGAGGACGAGGACGAGAAAGUGAUUUCAAGUCUAUAUUUGUGUCACAAAAUGUUCAUUGCUCCCGUUUAUGAUUUGCUUGAUGAGCCUGAAGUCAUUAUUGUUCCUGACCGCAGGUUGUACAAAGUUCCCUUUGCUGCCCUGAGUGAAAAGGAAGGAGCCGAAUACUUGUCAGAGACUCAUAAGAUCCGUAUCAUUCCUUCGUUGACAACACUCAAGAACAUUCAAGAUAGUCCAGAGGACUAUCACAGCAACACUGGUGCCUUGGUAAUAGGCAAUCCCAAGGUUAAUUGGCUGCAACCAUUGCCAGGUGCAAGAAAGGAAGCGGAGAUGGUCGGACGACUGGUGGGUGUUCCACCUCUAGUUGAAGAGAAAGCAACGAAGCAGGUGGUACUUGAGCGGAUAAGUUCAGUGAGCUUGAUACAUUUUGCUGCCCAUGGUAACGCGGAAAGAGGAGAAAUUGCACUCUCCCCCAUUCCUACUCCCAACAGUCAAAACGUUACCCCACCGAAGGAAGCUUACAUGUUGACAAUGGCUGAUGUCUCACGAGUGAAAGUCAGAGCUAAACUUGUGGUACUUAGCUGCUGUCACAGUGGAAGUGGAGAGAUAAGAGCCGAGGGAGUUAUAGGAAUUGCCCGUGCGUUCUUAGGAUCCGGUGCUCGCUCGGUGUUGGUUGCGCUGUGGGCCAUUCCAGACUCAGCAACAGAGCAGCUGAUGAGUCGGUUCUACGAACACCUCAUUGAAGGUGGAAGUGCCAGUGAAUCCCUUCAUCAUGCCAUGAAGUGGAUGAGAAAAAACGGCUUGAACAAAAUGUCUGAGUGGGCUUCGUUUACGCUGAUUGGAGAUGAUGUGAGACUCGAGUUUGACAAGCAGCGGCAAGAUUCAGUGAGAACAGGUAUUUCAUAA